UUUGUGUUUAGCUGUGUGCAGGUUGAAGAGCAUCAGGCUGUGGACAUUGAUGUGUACCAUUGUCCCAACUGUGAUGUUUUGCAUGGACCCUCAUUAAUGAAAAAGCGCAACAACUGGCACAGGCAUGAUUAUACAGAGCCAAAUGAUGGAACAAAACCGGUGCAAGCAGGCACACCAGUGUUUGUCAAGGAGCUGCAGAACAGGGCAUUUGCUGGUGGUGAAGAAAUUAUGUUGCGGAUGAAGGGCGAGCAGGUGACCCCACGCUACCUGGAGAGGCAUGGCUUUAACUACCCUAUUGCUGUCACAGAGAUGGAGGGUUUGGGCCUUAAACUACCUCCAACUACGUUCUCUGUCAAAGAUGUGGAGGAGUAUGUGGGUGGGGACAAAGUUAUUGAUGUGAUUGAUGUAGCGCGACAGGCAGACAGCAAGAUGAAGCUCAGCGAGUUUAUUAAGUAUUACACUAAUCCCCAUAAACCUAAGGUCCUGAACCUCAUCAGCCUGGAGUUCUCAGACACAAAGAUGUCAAAGUUGGUGGAGGUCCCUGAUGUAGCCCAGAAAAUGUCCUGGGUAGAGAACUACUGGCCUGAUGACUCCUUUUUCCCCAAACCUUUUGUGCAGAAGUACUGCCUCAUGGGAGUCAAAGACAGCUACACAGACUUUCACAUAGACUUUGGGGGUACCUCUGUCUGGUACCAUGUUCUCUGGGGUGAAAAAAUAUUUUAUUUGAUUAAACCCACAUUGGACAACCUUGCACUAUAUGAAGCAUGGAGUUCCUCGCCCAAUCAGAGUGAGGUGUUUUUUGGGGACAAAGUGGACAAAUGUUACAAAUGUGUUGUGCCCCAAGGGACGACCCUGCUCAUCCCCACAGGCUGGAUUCAUGCUGUUCUUACCUCUCAGGACUGCAUGGCAUUUGGAGGAAAUUUCCUUCACAAUCUUAAUAUUGGCAUGCAGCUCAGGUGUUAUGAAAUGGAACGGCGGCUAAAAACACCAGACCUUUUCAAAUUUCCAUAUUUUGAGGCCAUUUGCUGGUAUGUGGCAAGAAACCUGCUAGAAACUCUAAGAGAGCUCCGAGAAGACAAUUGUCCACCACCAAACUAUCUGGUAGAUGGAGUCAAGGCUUUAAUUGGUGCACUAAAGACCUGGUUGAAACGAGAAGUGACAGAGCCCUCUAGUGAAGUACCAGACAAUAUCAGGCCUCACAAUCUCAUUAAAGAGCUGACCAAGGAAAUACGUCAUCUUGAGGAGGAACCAGUCAUUGGUAAUAAGCCAGUGAAAUCUCAGGGAAGUGCUUGUGGACUGAUAUCUGGAUCGAGCAGUUGUCCAGCAACUCGCUCCACGCUAGAGAGGCUAUGCCAGGCCCGACGUGCCAGAAGAGCGGCCAGGCGGCUGAGGGAGCAGCAGCGGCAGGCCCCAAAGAUCCCCUCCAACCUGGACAUCUUAGAGAGGCACACAAGGGAGGUGCUCAAGAGACUGGAAGUAGGCCCUCUUGAAGAGGAUGCAGCAUUUUGUGCUAAGGUUCAUGGAAAGCUCAACAAGGUUUCAACUGCCUCUGCAGCAGCUGCAGAGUCACUGGACGAUAAUCACUUACGGCUAAUGUUUGUUAAUGGGAGAAUAAUCAGAAGACCAGGGAGCAGGCCAGUCAAAACAGAGGGUGAAACAUCAUCUGGCCAAAGCCAAGCAAAUUACAACUCUAGUGAUAAAAAUACACUUCAUGAUGAUCUGGAAGACAAAACAAACCUCAGGGAAGAAGCUUCAGGACACUCAAGUGUGUCAGAUGUAGAGUCUGACAGUGACUUUCGUGCACGGCAUCGUAAAGUGUCACCGCUAUCCUCUUCUGAUGAGGAUACAGACAGUUCCCCAGAGGAUGAGGUUCAAACCUCACUUGAACAGAAGAUGGACCAGUCAGAUCAGAAACUCAGGCAUCAACACAGACCACUCAAACGAGAACAUCCUACCUCACCCAGCACAGAAGAAGCCAUUCAGGGGAUGUUGUCCAUGGCUGGUCUCCUGUGCUCCAAGACUGAGAAGGUGGAGCUGUCCCAAGAGGCGUGGUGGUCCAGCUCCAGUCAGCACUCCCCACUUGAUCAGAGGGACUUGGAGCAGCACCGUCUCCAGGGGAACAAGAGCCCCAUCGACAGCCAAGGAAACAGCAGCAGUGAGGCCUGGGACAAUCAGGGGCUGCCCAGCCCAGAAAUGGAGUACCAGUACUGUGAUCCUUCCAUGUCUCCCCCUCUGCAUCCAUCCAAAAGACAAGCACCAAACCCCCCACCUAUAAGCAAUCAGGCUACUAAAGGUAAGAGGCCGAAAAAGGGAAUGGCUACAGCCAAGCAGAGACUGGGCAAAAUUUUGAAACUGAACAGACACAGCAGGGUCUUUGUUUAACUCUCGUUUGAGUGAACUGAGAAGAGGACUAUUCUUGAAAAAAAAAAUGUGUUUGAUACAGAUUACUUUUGUCUGAUGCAAAGAAAGACACUGCCUGGCGACCAUUUGAAUUUGGAUUUGAAAAGUUCAUCUUUGGUGCAUGCUGGAGACAGGGUAUUGUAAUUGAAAAGAGCAAAUGCACGACUUUGCUACAAGCACACUAUAAAAAUAGAAGCUUCUUAAUUUGAAGACAUUUUGCUACAGGCUGAAACUUGAGAGGGCAUUAGAGUGGACUAAGUUUUUCAAAAUCCUCAAAGCUGCUUGUACUUGCAGACGACCGCAAGACAUCAACAACCUUAAUGCCAAUACUUAGGUUUCUCAUUAUCAUUCUGCAGCACACAGUGAAUGGAGGAUUAUGGGUCAAAGGCAUGCAGAAGCCAAAAGGGUACAUUAGUUGCGUUUCAGACGGUGCUAAAAAUGAGGCCGGAACUGGUCACUGAUUAAAUGGUGCUUAUUUUUAUUUUGUUCAUGCUUUAUCCUUUUCAGUCUUUGUCUCCCUUUUUAUCAAUCACACCAGCAAUAAUGACUUGGAGGAGAAGACUUAAGCAGCACUUGGUUGCCGUCUGUAUUUGUAAAAUUUAAGUGUGCGUAUUACAGACUUGUAAAACUGGGUGCAAAGAAUCUAAAAAUGCACUGUCAUUUAGAGACAGCAAGUCUGUGCAGAUUAUUUCAGCAAAAAGAAAUCUGAUGCUGUCUUUUCAGUGAUUUUUUUUUCUUUUUUUUUUAGAUGAGAAUUGUGAGUAACUAGACCUGAAAUGUACUUGCAUAAAUUCUUUUAAUUUAUUAUUUUUUUUCCUGUGACAUUGUUUUUUUUUUUUUUUUGUUUGUUUGUUUUGUUUUUUGUAUUUGUUAUUUCUAAAAAUUCUGAAUGAUGUAUUUAUUAUGGAAACAGAUUUUAUUAUAUUUUGACCCAAACCAAUUCUGAGGUGUUUUAAACCUUUUCUAAAUGUGUAUGUUUAGAUUUAAAGUGAACACCAUUUGUUGAGUGAUUUCAAGUCUUGAAUUACUUCUACUCUGUCUCAUUAAUAGGUUUUCUGUUGUUUCUCUGUUUAGUCACUGCUAUCUGGCUGUGUUUGUGUUGAGUGCAAACCGGAAUAAUGUAAAUGUAUAUUUACACCUCAGCUUUCUUAACUUAGUGCCACGUGACAUUUAGCAAAAAAAUAUUUUUCUGAGCCACUGUGGUUAAUCCAAAGUAGUUAAUGUCCGAAUUGAACGACUGGGGAAAUUUGAAUGAAUGUUUUUGUUUUUGAUAAUGCCAGUGCUGAAAGUGGGGUGUGUGUCUUGACUCUUGAUAAAGAAGUGCAGAUCUUCAACCUCAGGGUAUGAUGCCAUGGACAUGAACUUUGAUUAACAACCAGCCACAUCAUGGGGGCAUAGACCCUCUCAGUAUUUCCCAUUGGAACAAUUCACUUUGAGCAGCUUUUUAAUUGGGAACUAUUCCAUGUUUAUGUUAAAGACUCAAGCUUUCUAUUGAUCAGUAAUUAUGCAUUUUGAAUAUCUGUAUUUUCAUCAGUAACAUGUAUUUGAUAUAUUUUGAUGUUAAGCUUAUUCUUCCUUACACUUGAGUUGCAUUAACUCAUAAGUAUACCCAAGGUAAACUGAUGCCAAGUGGCUUAGAGAUGACUAAGCAGCAUGAGACUGGCUCUGCUCUAAGUACUGCACACAUCAGUAGCAUGGGACUGAUCGAUUUACCUUUUUACACACUUUUCUCUUUUUCACACUACACAUCCACUUCCAACUCUGCAUGUCAAUUCAGUGAAAACACGAGCUGAGCCACAGGCACUGUUUACUAAGCUACCACCUUUCUCCUUUUGCUUUUGUAUUAAGCUUUCUUGUCAAAAUGUUGGUGCUAUGUUAUGCAAUAGUUUUUUUGUUAAUAGCUUUUGGUUAAAGAAUAUACACUGGCUAACUGUGACACUGUUCAGGCAUUGCAUUUUGUUUCUACAUUUCAGAUAAUGUGUGUAAAUAAAAUUUGAAAAUGUAAAGAA